UGUAUUUCCGGUUAAACAUUACCCUUGGGUUCAGGAGGUUCGAUGAAAAGUUAACUGACUGGAUUGUCCCAACUUUGGAAGAGCUUUUUAUCUGUAAACAUGGGGCUUCUGCCUGAUGAAUCGAAAGUUCUGCCACCACCAGAAAUUAUAAACAGAAAUUCAGUGUGGCUCGGGCUCUGCGGCUGGGCUACGGCGAUGCUGCACAACAGCUUAAACCGCAGGCCUGCAUUCAAAGCAGGUGUUCACCGCCAAGCACUGUUUGCGACCAUUGGAUGGUUCAUUGGCUACCAGCUAACAAAAUAUGAGAAUUACACAUAUGCCAGGCUGGACAGGGACAUGAAUGAGUACAUCCGGCUGCACCCUGAUGAGUUGCAGGAGAAAGAAAGGAAGACAUUUGCUGAAAUAGUGGAGCCGUUUCAUCCGAUCCGUUGAAUGGAUUUAGUCGUCACAAGAAAAAUGAAGACUGUAUUUCCAAAAGGCUUUACAAAAACUGUUAUAAAUACUAUUAUAUAGAUUUUUUUGAGUUUUGUCCAUGUUUCAUUAAACUAUUUAAAGGAAAUCAGAUUUCUUCAUAUUGAUCAUUUUUACACAAAUAAUAUUUUUUAUUGCAACGUAUGACAGUGAUUACAAACAUUGUUUGUUGGUUGGUUUACAUUACAAAAGAGUAACAAUAACAAAUGAAAGCUGCAAGCAGCGAUGAACGGGCCCUUGUGCACAUUGGGGCUGCUGAUUUUUUUUUAGCACUUAAAUGAUGUUAAGAGUGUAUCACAGUGUAAAACAUGUAAUUUUUCUGUUGCCAGUAGGUGGCGCUAUGAUUGAUUAAAU